UCAUGUUGCCUCCGCGGUCGCCAUUGCCCACCUCCCUCUCAAAAAUUCCUCACUCCAAAAUCCCCCACUCCAGAUCCUCUGUCGCCGCCGCCGGUGUGCCUGCUCCGUCGACUUCCCUCUCCGCUUCGCGCGCCCCUUCUUCUGGCCAGGAGCGGCUGAUCCGCGGGCGUGGCUGCUCUGUCCCACGGCAUGUCGCCACCCAUCGUUGCCGUCGGGGCUGCCGGCCUUGCGCCUCUUGCAGCCUCCCUGGUCCCUCCCGCCGACGAGCCAGUAUCCUUUGAACAGUUUGUGGCCGAGCAUGGGGUUGAAGAUGAGAAGGAGGAGGCCUCCUGCUUCGCCGGGCCACAAGAAGGCAUCAGCGGCGUUGACGGACGAGGCGACCAAGGACUAGGUAGCAGCAUCGAAGACGGUGGCGAACAAGAAAGGGGCAGCGACAUCGACGACCACUGCGCCGAAGAGUUGGGGAGCGUCGACAGUGGCUUCGGCAGCGACGUCCUCCAAGAAGGGGCCGCGGUGUCGAUGACGCUGGUGUCGGGUACAAGAAAAGAUCCGCCAAGGGGACUCAGGCUAUGAUGCGGACGAUGAGGACAUCAUUGGAUACGAUGGCCACGGCAACUCUGGGCAAGCAGCUGCUGUCGUCGAAGUGGAGAAUGCAGAGGACCUGCUGGUUGCACCCAGUGAGGUGAGUUUUAUAUUUACAUGGAUUCCAAAAUUGAGAAUUGUUGAUACACAAUCUUGAUUUGAGAGCACUAAACAAUGCAAUGUGCUGCUGGCCACGCCGUCGGUGAGGAGCAAGUGGCGGAGAACAUGUUCACCGGCGUCGUUGACUUUGCAGCCGUGAUGGUUGCGCUCGAAGACGGCGACUCGUCUUCAGACGCUGGGUACCAGACCACAGACGAGCACGAAGAUGGCGACGACGAGGUGCUCGACCCGCGUCGUGAUUUCGGCAGCGAUGGCGUCCGGAACCUUAUGCAGCGACGGGUCCGGGCAUACCGGGUUCAGUUAGCAUUUUAUUCUGACAGUUGGGGAGAGGUGUUUUCUGUUGGUCGCCAGAGGGCAAUUAGUCAUCGGUUUCAGCUAGCUGGGGUUUAGUCUGAAAUGUUUGUGUUGUAACCUUUUUUGCCCGACGACUCCUAUCAAGAAAGCUGGACCUUAUACCAAUCAGUAGCAAUUGUAAUUUAGUUGCUAGUCACUGAUGGUGAUUAUCGAUGAAAACUCAGAAUUAUG